AAGUUAUACUUCUUUAGGCGCGUUAUGAAAAAUUGAUGAGAGUGAAAUUUUAUUAUGCGCGCGCACCGUGACACAAUAUUAACAGAAAUGAAGUUGCCCGCUAAAUCGCUCAUUACAAUACGACCGACGUAACUUGGCGAGUCUGAAUAUAGCCGCAGGUGAACUUUAGCGCAUGUACACUCGUAAAAAAAGUGUUAUUAGCAUUCAUUUUUUAGUAAUAUAAAUGACAAAAGUAUUAUUAUCAUACUAAAUAUUAUUAAAUUAUUAACGUUAAAUAUUUAUUAUUAAUUAUUCAUCUUUAAAAAAAAAUUAAUAAAAAUAAAGUAUAGCUUCUUACGCGCGUACAUAAGUACACGCACCCUUUUCUUUUUAAUUAAUUUCGAGCCCGGGACACCAGGCUAAGUGGCCCCUUGCUGUGUUGUGCUGUACAGUUAGUGUGUGCCCACAGUGCGUGUGUUUUCAUCUAGCGGUGCUGCUUCGGGUUGGAGACAUUCCGAACAGCGUAACGCAGGACCCGGGAACAGGUGAGUUGAUUGACACUAUUCUAUUCUUAACAUUGGUUAAUAGCGGGUAGGUGUCGAUCAGCCUGUGAAAGCUGCGAAGCCGUUUUAUUUGGUAAUAAAACUGGUUUUCGUGAGCGCCAUCGAGUCUGGCCGCCCGUGUCUGUUCCCAGUCCUCCCCUACCCUUUGGGGUUAGGAGGGGCUGUUACCAACACCCGAAGGCCAAUCCUUCACAGGUCUGCGGCGUCGGAGCCAUCACAGGUAGGUCUAAAGUUAAGUUUAAGUUUAAGUUUAGUGUAGAUUGUAUAUAAUUGAUUCCCUUUAUAAUUCACAUUACUAGUAUUAAUUCAGUUCAUAUUUUUCUUAUUCAUAAUUGUCAAUAUUUAAGUAGUUAAGUUUUUAAUUAAUCAUUCAAGUAGUAUUGCUAGUGCCGUCUCGCUCUAAGCGAAUAACAACGAGUCUCAAUUAUAUACAAACCGCACAUUCAAUUUGCAUCUUUUUUCAAUUCUACCCUCUUAUACAUUAAUAUUUUUCCAUACAUUAAUAAUUUUUCCAUCCAUCUAAAUACGUAAUUUCAUACCGUAAUUCAAUAUUGGCAUACCGAUCGACAAUAUUAAGCUGCCCCUGUCGAUGUUCAUCACAUUAGGCACGGUUGUUGGUUGCGGUUUUCGGUCGAUCUGUCCUGUUAAGUAGUAUUUAUUCUGUGUCAAUUAAUUAAAACUUCCUUAUUUAUUGUUUUCUAAUAUUCCACUAUAUUAUUUUAAGAACUUAGCGGUUUUCGGUGUAGUGCUGAGUGGGAAGGGGAGUUCGACCCCUACGGUUGUGGAUCGCUCGGCCGUUGAACCCUGGGCUUCCUGAUCCAGAACCUGUGUUUCUGGACCCUCAAAUCCGGGGCAAUCCGGCCCUGCGAUCUUCUGGCCGGGGUUCGUCCUCCGGGACCCGUCUUGGGUGCACCCUUACCGCUACCAUAGAUUAGAUUAGUAAUAUCGAAGUUAUUUCCUCUCUCUAUAGUUAUCACUAUCAUUUGUACUAUUAUUUUAUUAGAUAUCAACAUAAUUUUUUUCUCAUUUAACUUAACUUUUUAAUGAAUUAUUAAUUAGUAUUAGUGAUAGGUGCUGAUGGCUGCAACCGCCUCCGUAUUGUAGUUUUGUAGUUUUGUAGCUUUGUUGUGUUGUAAUAUUGUUCGUAUAUUGUCCUUCGUUAGUCUAUAUAAGCAUAAAAUUUUAGUUAUUAACUGUAUAUUAAUUCCUAAUUCGUUUUUCUAUUUUUUAUUUUUACUACCCACUAGUUUUGUAAUUUUGAUUAAUUGAUUUUCUUUCUUUAUUUAUUAAUUGAAUUUAAAUCGAACUUAGUUGAUUCUUUUUCUUUUUGUAAAUCACAGACAUUAGACAUUAAUAGUAAUACAGACCUUGUUUAAAUUUCACCCCUUCCUUUCAUUAUUUACUUUAUUUAAUAACUGGCAGUGACUGAUAGGGUCAGCAAUAAUUAGCUGUAAAUUAGUAAAGACUUCAUAGUGAGGGUGCUCCUGAUGUCCGCGUGACCGACUUAGGAUAGCCAUAUCAUGUCUGAUGGGGCUUCUCCCCCCAUCGUCAGCACACCCGGCCCGUCCCGGAAGGGACGUCAAGCAAUGGACGAACUAUACGUCCGUCGCCCAAUCCCACGAGCCCGACCGGUCCCGAUGGACCCCGGCAAGGACGAUUCGGCCGGUCCUUCGGUCCCGGCCCGGGUCUCCCAGGGGAUCGGACCGGGGGAAGGUUUCCUUCCCUUGUCGACCGAUUACCCUGGGACUCCUCGGCCGAGAAAGAAGGCCAGGUCUGAGUCCGACCGAGGUUCAUCGGAGGACCAAGACAAACGACCGCGACUAGGUCCCUCCUCUAAAUCGGAAGGAGAGGAUAGCGAGGCCACGUCCUCCUCCCCCUCCUCCUCCCAAUCUUCCACUCCAGACUCAUCUCGAUCCUCAUCCCCUACUGGGAGUCCCAUCCCAGCAGUCAAACCUGUUCCCAAACCGAGGGCCCCCGUCAGGACAGGGGUAGCCCCACGCCUACUUAGAUCCCCUCCCCGAUCCCCCUCCCCUACCAUUUCCCCUAUCCCGGUGGAUUCGACUCGAGGUGCCCCCGCCCUAAGCGGCACGGCGGGCAAUCUGGACUCUACCAGAUAUAUGGACCUCGAGUCCACCAAAGCCCAACAACCCAUCCCCUCUACGUCCUACGCGACCAUAGCCGCAUCUCAACCCCCAGUGGGCACACGCCCCAAGCCUACCCAACCGCAAGUUCCCCUACCCCCGAGGCCGAGGGGUCGGGCCCAGGAGGAGCUCCGCCGUCAUCCACCUAUCAUGGUGGAAGCUCUCCCGAACUGGUCUCGCCAUAUGGCGGCCAUUAGGGAGCGCCUCGGUAGGGCUCCUUCUGCCAGACCCCACGGCGCCGGUUUCCGCUUCCUGCCGUCAUCGGCGGAGGAGUACAGGGUGAUCCAGGACUAUCUUUCAAGGGCCUCCGCUGCAGACAAAACCAUCAAAUGGUUUUGUUACGCGCUGUCGGAGGAAAUACCCUCGAAGGUGGCUGUCCGGGGUCUCCCUGCUGACACCGAUGCGGCGGAAGUAACGAACGCCCUCAAGGAGCUGGGCUUUCCUGCCCGAUAUGCCCGGUGCAUCCAGGCCAAGAGGGGGAGACAGGGCUGCGUAUUUUUCGUGGCUCUGGACCACCUCUCCAAGGGUGACCUCGCCCGGCUGUAUACAGUUAACGAACUGUUAUACUUGCCGGGGGUGACGGUCGAGGGAUGGCGUCCAACCCGGGGACCUGCGCAGUGUCACCGCUGCCAGGCCUUCGGGCACGCGUCCACGAACUGUCACCGUGCGGUCCGCUGCGUUCGAUGUGCCGGCGAGCACAUUGUGGCGGACUGCCCGAGGCCAAGGGAUGGCCCAUUAUCCUGCGCUAAUUGCGGGAAGGACCACGCCGCCACUGAUCGGCGGUGUGUGGUCUACCGCAAGAGGGCCAGGAUGAUGGGAGUAACCAUCCCCCCUCCUGUUCCACCGGUGCCACGGCCCAGGAAUGUCCCAGCACCAACUGCUCCUGUCGUGCCUGUACCUGUACCCAUCCUCAAGGGGAAGGGGAAGGGGAAAGGGAAAUCUUCCCAAACCCCAGCCCCUCCCCCUCCUAGUACCUUCCCGUCUGUCUCGGUAGUGGAGGCAGCACCGUCAGCGUCCACGCUGAUGGCGCAGGCCAACCCGCCGCGACAGACUAAAAAGCCCACUCCUACUCCUCGUGGCCGAGCCCAAAUUGAAGCUGUCAAUACAGCCCACGUCACUCGCCAGACAGCAGGCCCAGCCACUAAGACGUCAAAAAAUAAAAAUAAAAAUAAAAAAAAGAAAGAGAAGAAAAAGCUCAAAAAGAAAUUGGCGAGAGAGCUCAGUGUCGCCAAUAUGGAAGUCGACCAACAACCUCAGGAGGCCAUAGAGGCCAACGUAACCGAAGACACCAUCCCUCCACAAUUGGAGGGUCAAACCAUGCCUCAAGCCCAACCCGAGACGUUGGGCAAUACUCUGCCCCCUCUUCCUCCCCGCCCUCAGCGCAAAACAAACAAAGUAAGCACCUUUAUGUUUAUAAAAGCUCGCGAAGAGCGCUCCCGUUCAUGCCAAUCUCCGAGCCGGCAACUUGUUGCCGCCGUGAACUUUUUAAAGGAAAGAGAGCGGCGUAUCGGUAGUCUCUGUCAGGGGAGGAGCAAACGUGCGCGGGGAGCGUGCUGGUCGCCAAACUUGUUUCAUGUCGACGCUCACUCGCACACUCAGUCGCAUCUUGUACGUCUUCCGGAGUGGAGUGUGUCGUGCGUAGCCCGCUCCACUCGAGCCGUUAUGUGUCGUACUCCGAAACAAGUUUGA